AUGCCUGGCACAUCCGAGCUUGCCUCGACAGCUGAGGCCGUUCCUCCCCUCGCGGAUCCUUCUGCAGCCUUGGCUUGGACUCAAAGGCUGUCUAUGUCGCUCAAUGCGAUUGCCGGGCAAAUUUCUGCCGCGUCCCAGGCACUCGCAGCAGUGGAGGUGCCAGCAAGCCUUGGAGGCAACCAGAAUGGUGAUCUCGCCUCAUUUUCCGACACAGCAAGGGCGAUAUCAGACCUCACAGCGCGGCUGGAUGCUAUCGAGCGAACGCAGGAGCGACUCGCGGAUCAGCUGGAUGCUGUUCAAGAGCAGAUACAGCGAGCCAACGGAAAGGAAUCGACGUCGAAUGACAUUUCGGCUGUAGAGGAGGAGUCACGAGAGUCCGGGAGUGCACAGCCGGAAGAACGUGGCCUUGCAGGGGCAAUGAAGGACCUGCAAAAGAAGGUCGAUGGGACCUUAGAGACGAUUAGACUCGACCAAGCUUGGCUGUACGCUCGCCUACGAAACACUGCGAUCGCGAACAACAAAGGUCAAAUCAAGCCACUGGUGAUGGCGAACGGGAAAACUCCGCCAAACUUCCCCGGCACGAAGGGAGAGUUUGAACAUCUGACGAAGGAACGAUACGAGCACAUACUGAAAUCGUACAAUCAACCGAUCAAGGGAGACACUGCGGCGAAGCGGGAGGCCUGUCGCGAGUUCCUCGGGCUCCCUCCCCCCAGCUGA